AUGCCUCUUAUCCGUCUCAGCCGGUUAACGCCGAACGUGGCUCGCCGUUCCUCCGCUUCCUUGCUCCUCUCACCACCACUUCAGGCGCAGAUGUUGCCUCGCAUUACUUCAAUUGCAGUCAGUUCUACUUUCAAACAUAAGAGGUUUAUAGUCCAUGCAUGUUCUUCCGUGCAAUCAACCGCUGGGCAAGCAGGUCUCUUGAUUCUCUCCAUUCAUCCAUCAUCCAUGUCUGACCUCGAAAAUAACAUUCUAUUGCUUGCGGUGUCUAUUUCCUCGGCGGACGUUUACAAUGUCAAUGCCGACCAUCAGACUGCUGCACCGCCAAUCGAAAUAUACAGUGCCGUGUUUGGCCAUUUUUCCAGACGUGUUCGAGACCCUGACUUCGAUGUAUCAGACGAGGCGUCUCGUGAUUUAUUGGCCAAACUCCUAAAUCUUUCGCUUGACACUGUAUCGAACCAAGAUAAAACAUCUGCCAACUACAUGUCUGUCCACUCCAUGGCGAUGGGCGUUGACGCUGCUCCUGUCAUUGAGGAAGUCCAAGGUGAACUGGGCCUAGGUGGCUCUGAUCCAUUUGUCCAGAAGUAUACACAACUAGCUCUCGCCAGCACAUGCCUGUUACCAAUUCGUACCAGUUUAAAAGCACAAAUGCGAUGGAUUACAUAG